GAGAGAGAGCGGAGUAGUGGAGACUGGGUCACCCAAGGAGACGUACUGGGGACCGCUCUGUCUUGUCGUGGGAUAUUUUUAUUGUGUUGUGAAUUUGUGCGUUCACCUGCGUGUGUGAUACGGCUAUGAAGUUUGAUUGAACAUGAGAGGAUUUCGAAUCACGUGAAAAGUAUCCAGGAAAAAUAGGGCGAUUGCGUCAUUUUCUCCAGUACCGCAUGCUAACUGUGUGCUGAAUGCAGUUCGAGGUCGUCUAUCGGAGAGUUAGAGAUUGUGACCAUUAAUUGGAACCCUCUAAAGUGAAAAAUACUCUUCAAUAAUUCAAAAGGAAAGUCAAAGGAAAGCGUUUGCGAAGACCACGACUCGAGUCCUUGUCUCCUGUGGCGUCAGAGAGUGAAAACGAACAGCCUGCGACUCUCUCCCAACACAGCAACAGCAGAAGGCGAGCAAGAUGGGCCCAGAUCGACACAGGCGGUUCGUGGUGUUGAUUUUGGUGUCUUUGUUUUUCCUCGUGACGUCAUGGCUGGAGGAGGAGGCCAGCGAAUCAGGGCAGGGGAUACGAGCCACCGUUAGGAUAGCAGCCAGACGACUCAGCCGGGCCAUCGGAGGCGCUGAAGACAGGAAGCACGGCAGGGGACAGCGCAAGGGAGACAGACCCCUUUUGGACGACGAGGACGAAGACAACGACGGCUUCAUCAACAGCUUGUACCGCGACGACGAUGACGACGACGACAAGGAUGACGACAGACCAUCUUAUGCGAAAUCCUUCCGGGCGAAAUCGCGGAUGUACGUGAGAACGGCCACCUUCCACUUCGACCUCUACUCCUGCCUCCCGAGGUUCAUCUGCGAAGUCCACGCUCAGCCUCCGGGCGCCGAUCUCACCGAACUGGAGAAGGACAUCAUCGCUCUCUUUAGGAACUACGUCGUGAUGGAAGGGCCCGGUUCCCCCGUCUAUUCCUACCAGCUGGCGGCACACAUGGGCCAGCUGGCGACAGGAAUAGAUCCUUCCCCGUGCCACGGCCUCUACCCGUCCUGCCCGCUGUCCCGACCCCAGUUGCUUGACGUCCUCAGGAACGUUCGGAGUUCGAAGAGGAUGUUCUAUUAACCGGACGCAUCCCCCCCCCCGUCCUCUCUUCCCUGUGGCUGGUCCGGUGACUGGAUUCCGCCCUGUGUCCUUAUCCGGAUGGGUUUAAAAAGAGAAAAAUGAUUUUAAGGAUUCUUGGGAUGUGUUUUGUGUUUUAUUCGGUACUUCGGAGUCUCAUAUUUAUUCGGGUAGUUAUAUGUUGUGGUGUGUGUGUGUGUGUGUGUGUGUGUGUGUGUGUGUGUGUGUGUGUGUGUGUGUGUGUGUGUGUGUGUGUGUGUGUUG